AUGAACCUCAUGGCCUCCCCCGACCUCCGUGCCGACGACGACCACCUCAGGCAUCUCCUCGACCAGCGUGCUGCCCGCGCUGACCUCCACGGUCGUUUCCCCUCCCUCUCCGAGUUCUCAGACUCGCCCUCUGUCUAUAGCCACCCCCACUUCUCCCCACGGCCGCCAGACAGGCCUUUCCUCCACGGCCACCCCUCCACCUUCCGCUUCCCCCAAGGCUACUCGCCUUCCCUCGAUGACCGCGAACCCCGCUCGCCCAUCACCGACCGCGAGCGUCUGAACAUUCCCAACGCGAGCAGCCUCGACCUCGAAGACGAUCCCCGCUCUUCUUCAGAGUACCAGAGCUUCCGCGAUGACGAGCCCGAUUCCCCAGACGAGUUCGACGAGCCUCCCCAGGUCAGCAUGUAUGGUCCCAAAAUGCGCUUCCACUCCCCCGCUCCCUGGGAAGAGGACGGGGCCGAGCAGAGGUCCUUCCCCGACGACCUCCCCAAGCGUUCCAAGAAGAAGAGCGAGCCCAGCAUCGCCAAGAAGGCCUGGGGGCUCUCUCGCUCCAGCGGCGACACGCGCCCGAGCACCGACUCCGUUCGCUCCGGGAAGGGCAAGCAGUCUUUCGACGCCCAGUCCAACUUCUCUGCCAGUGGUGCUCUCGCUGCUCUCGCUCAGGCCUCCAUGUCCACCACUUCUCUAGCCGUCCACCAGUCUCCCCAGUCUCUGCGGGACAAGCUGUCGCUCCCUCGACUCCGCACCCGCUCGCCCUCCAACGUCGGCCCGCUCGAUGCUGUCUCUCCGUCGAACGCGUCCCCUAUCACUCGGAUCGGGACUCCGCCCCAUGGUGGUGACGACUAUGAAGAUGAUCGCUCGGUCCUCGGCCUCUCGUCCGCCCGCGCUGGCACCCCUCAGCAGGAAUAUACACACCCCUAUGCGAAUCCAGAUCUCGUUAGGGCCCAAGACUUUAGUCACCCUCCAUCUCCCAGUCAGAUGUCGUUCGUCGGCGCACGGGGCCCACCCUCCACCACGAUGCUUACAGAGACCACCCUAAGUAGUAGUCUUUCCCAGUUUCGCUCCACCACCACCCUCGCCAUGACCCCUGGAACGUCCACGACAUCCAUGAACCCAAGUCUCAACGACUCCUUCUCAUCCAGCCGACUGGGUUCCAAGGGCAUCGGCGGCAUCUCGUCACCCAUCCCCGUAGAUAAGGCGUCGCUUCAUCCAGACGUUCUAGGCAAGCUCAACGGUUUCCAAGCGUCACCUAUCUCUGCCGCCGUCAGCCCCAUAGCCCCACGGCACCGCGACACCUCAAUGUCAGCCGUAACCAUGGGUGGUCUGUCGACAUGGGCUGAAAACCCAGCUGGUGGUGCGUUGAAGUUGAUUUCCCUGGAGGAGGCGCAGGCGCAGGCUCGCGUUCGCAGUGUAACUGCCCACCCGACGGUCUCCAGUCCGUACGCAUUAUCCAACAAGUCCCCCUUCCCGGAGGUAGAUGCGGAUGCGCAGCACGCUCAGGGACGAGCCAGGUCCAGUAGUGCAGGCGGGAAAGGCAGGAACACCUUCGACUCGCCGCAGCGUUUUGUUCCUCCCGUCCCGCUCCCCGGAGACUCCCCCGUAAGCGGUCCAUCAAAGCAGGUCGUGAGGAAGAAGAGUGGGUUCAUGCGGCUGUUCAAUAAUGGGAAGGACCGCACGUCGCCUAGUUCGCCACCACCACCCGUCCCAUCAUUCACCAACGACGCGUUCGCAGCCCAGCCGCCGUCACAGCCACCAGUAACGUUCGCGCACCGCGUUCCUGUGCCUGUGCUGUCUCCUAGUCUUUUGGGUGAACCGGGUGGACGCGACAGUUCAUCCCCAGGCGACUCGCCGCCCUCGACUGAUUCGUCGAGCCAUACGUCGAGCGCAGCGUGGCGCGACCAGCAGCAGCUGAGCUACAGGCGCAAGGUCCCCGAGCUCUCAAUCGUCACCGCUCCGUCCUCCGCCUCGACGUUGGCUCCCAAAGCUCCCUUCACUGCUCCCCUCUCAGCAAAUUCGAGCGAUGCGUCACACCACCACCUCACCCCCACGACUUCCGCUUCUCACUUAGAGCUGCGACCAGCUGGUUCGUCUCCCAGUAGUGCUCCGCCGACGAAGACGGACUUCGUGGGGCUCAGCAUCCGUCCCAUGUCUACUCUAUUCACACGGGAGCUGAAGGAGCUAGCCGCGACCGAGCGGCCAUCGCUUGAAGGCUACGGUUCUGCGACCUCAAACGACGAGAAGCAGCCCCCGCUGUCCUUCGCACACGAUGGGAGCGACCAGUCGAUCAUCCACGCGCUGCAGGAACAGAUCCUUUCGACGCGUCGCGCAUGGCAGCGUCAGAUAUGGGAGCUCGAGGGCCAGGUGCGCGACCUCAAGGCCGAGGUAGAGGAGCUUCGUUCACAAGAGGCGAAAGGCGACUACUGCGCAUCAUGCGGUCGCGGGUCUCUCGCCCUGUCUUCAGCGGGGUCGGACGACGCGGGCAGCGGUCGCCGCAGGAGGAUGUGA